AUGAACGAGUCUACAUCAGACACACCGUCCGCUACUUCAGACCAUCAGCCGACAAUCCCAACCGAUGCUAUCACAAUCGACGAAGAUGGUGACCUGGAGAUUCUAGUCAGCGCAGGCGAUGCCACGCAGUCUUUCAUCGUCUGCGCUAAGGCUCUUGCCAGGCACUCUCCAGUAUUCAAGAGAAUGCUAUUCGGUGGAUUCAAGAAAUCUAAGCCCUCCAAGAGCGAUAGUGACGAUUGGGUGGUGGAGCUUCCUGGCGAUGAGACGAAGCCUUUCGAGAUUCUUCUUGAUAUCAUCCAUGGAUUGUUCGAGCAGGUUCCCGAGCUUCUCACUCUCGACGAGCUGACAGCACUUCUCGUCUUAACGGACAAAUACGAUGUCACCUCUCUAACACGUCCCUGGGUUGCUGGAUAA